AUGAUCCCAACACCUGGGCAAAAUCCUUGGGGCACUCCAGGUUCAGGAGGAAAUGCAUUUCUACAAAGCAACAAACCCCUCAUAGCUGAUUUAGCGCUUGCUGCUCUUAAAGAACGUGGUGAGGUGAAGAAGAAAAAGCUUUGUCCUCAAUUUCGAACAGAUCGUUCAUUAUGUUUGAUGACAAAGAAAAAUCCUCUUAGAAGAGUUUGUAUAUGUAUAGUGGAUGCACGACCAUUUGAAUAUUUUAUAUUGGCAACGAUAUUAUGUAACUGUUUGGCACUGGCAUUCAAUCAUCCUUAUCCUGGAGAAGAUUCGAAUGCCGUAAAUCAGGUUUUGGAAAAAAUUGAACUUGCAUUUGUUAUAAUUUUUACAACUGAAUCCGCUCUAAAAAUUAUUGCCUAUGGAUUUGUCCUUCAUCAAGAUGCUUAUUUAAGGAAUUUUUGGAAUGUCCUAGAUUUCAGUAUAGUCUUAAUUGGUUUAUCAUCAAAAGCAUUGGAAAAUAUGAACAUCGAUGUAAAAGCCCUUCGAGCAUUUCGAGUGUUACGACCGUUGAGACUACUUUCUGGUUUACCUAGCCUUCAGGUUGUGCUAAACUCUAUCAUUACCGCCAUGGUUCCAUUGUUGCAUAUUGCACUGCUUGUGAUUUUUGUCAUUAUUGUUUAUGCAAUUGUUGGCCUUGAAUUAUUUCAGAGCAAAUUACACCUAACCUGUUAUAAAAAUUCAACACAUAAAAUUCCUGAGAUGAUGCCUAAUCCUCGACCAUGUACAUUUGAAACAUCAUCAAUGGGAUUUAAAUGCAGUGAACUUGGGCCAGAUUAUUUUUGUGCAGAUAUGUAUGGCAAAGAAGGAGAACGAUACACUGGUCCUGAAGGUGGUAUCGUUAGCUUUGAUAAUUUUCUAUACUCUAUGCUAACUGUUUUUGUGUGUAUUACAAUGGAAGGUUGGACUAGUACUGGGUAUUAUGUGUCUGAUGCUAUUGGUUCCUGGUGGCCUUGGAUUUAUUUUGUAACCCUUAUUCUACUUGGUUCAUUUUUCGUUAUGAAUCUUGUUCUUGGUGUACUAAGCGGCGAAUUCAGUAAGGAAAAAGAAAAAAUAGAUCGUACCUUAUUGUUUCGUAAAGAAAGACAAGAAAAACGUGAACAACAAGAUUAUAUGGGUUAUAAAGAAUGGAUUGAAUUAGCUGAGGAACUAAGUGAUUCUGAAGGUGAUGAUAAAGAAAGUCAAGAUAUAGAAUCAGUUGAUGGUGGUGAUGGGCUAAUUGAAGAGGAACCCGAGAUGCAUGUUGAGGAGGUAGUUAAAACACACUGUCAUAGCACACUUCGCCGUUUAAGAAAAUUCCGUAAACGAACACGACGAGCUGUGAUUGCUUUUAUCAACAGCCGCCAAUGUUUUGCAUUAGUUAUUAUCUUGGUUUUUCUUAACACAGUAGUCUUAACCACUGAACAUCACAAUCAACCAGAAUGGUUAGACGAAUUCCAAGAUUUUGCUAAUGUUGUAUUUGUGAUGCUAUUCACAAUGGAAAUGUUAAUUAAAAUGGGGGCAUCUGGUUUCUCAGAUUAUAUUUCAAAACUGUUCAAUCGCUUCGACUUUUUUGUAGUUAUAUUUUCUAUAUUGGAAUUGAUUUUUGUGAAAUCUGGUUUACUCAAUCCGAUGGGUGUUUCUGUGUUACGCUGUGCAAGACUUCUCAGGAUAUUUAAAUUGACUCAGUACUGGGAAAGUUUGCGAAGUUUAGUAGGGAAAUUAUUAAAAUCUGUUCGAUCAGUUGCUAGUCUACUACUUCUAUUAUCUAUAUUCAUUCUUAUUUGCUCUUUACUUGGUAUGCAAUUAUUCGGUGGUCGAUUCAAUUUUAUAGCACAUGAAAAACCUCGUGCUAAUUUUGAUGGAAUUUUGCAAGCUAUGCUUACUGUAUUUCAGAUACUUACUGGUGAAGAUUGGAAUGAAGUUAUGUAUCAUGGAAUGAGAGCAUAUGAAAAUAGUCCUUGGUAUGGAGUUGUAGUUAUCUACUUCAUAUUUCUUUUCAUAUGUGGCAAUUAUAUUUUAUUGAACGUGUUCUUGGCUAUUGCUGUCGAUAAUUUAAACGAAGAUGAAGAGGAAGAGGAAGAAGGAAAUGGUGAUGCACUAAAAAAACAAAAUGACACACCAGAACUUACAGAGACUGUUGAACAAACUGCACCACCUCCAGAACAGCGAGAAAAUGAAUUAAAUUCAGUAAUGAAAAUUAAACAGUAUGAAAGAACAGAUAAUGAAGAUCAAACAUAUGAAGAAAUGUUUGCUGAGGAUGAAGAUGUUGAGGAAGAAGGAGAUUUAAAUGGUAAAGAUGGAGACGAUCAGAAAGACAUGUCACCACAAGAUAGUCGAACAAUGCCACCUCAUUCAGCAUUCUUUAUAUUUGCUGAUACGAACAAAUUUCGCAUAUUUUGUCAUAAUGUGGUCUGUUUCUCCCAUUUCGGAAAUAUUGUAUUGGUUUGUAUUUUGGUAAGCAGUAUUUUACUUGCUGCCGAAGAUCCAUUACAUGCAAACUCUCCAAGAAAUCGAAUUCUGAACAUGUUUGAUUACUUUUUCACCAGUGUUUUCACUGUGGAAAUCACUUUGAAAAUGAUUUCUUAUGGAUUUGUACUUCAUGAAGGAGCAUUUUGUCGUAGUGUAUUCAAUUUACUUGAUCUUAUUGUUGUCUGCGUAGCAUUAGUUUCAUUCGUGUUACAAAAUCAAACAAUUUCUGCAGUAAAAAUCUUAAGAGUUCUUCGGGUGCUUCGACCUUUAAGAGCUAUUAAUCGAGCCAAAGGGUUAAAACAUGUUGUCCAGUGUAUGAUUAUUGCCAUUAAAAGUAUUGGUAACAUCGUACUCGUCACAUUCUUAUUAGAAUUCAUGUUUGCAGUUAUUGGUGUACAGUUAUUCAAGGGUAAAUUUUACUCAUGUACAGAUAUAUCAAAACAUGUUGAAGAAGAUUGCAAAGGUCAAUUUAUUGAAUAUAAAGAUAUGAGUUUAGACGAUCCUAUUCUCAGUGAAAGAGAAUGGAAAAAUGCUGAUUUCAAUUUUGAUAAUGUUCCAAAUGCUUUAUUAACUCUAUUUGCUGUUUCUACUUUUGAAGGUUGGCCAAGUUUAUUAUACCGAUCUAUUGAUUCGAACGCAGAAGAUCAUGGACCAAUAACAAAUUAUAGACCAAUAGUCGCAUUUUUCUACAUUACAUUUAUUAUUCUCAUUCCAUUCUUCAUGAUUAAUAUAUUCGUCGGUUUCGUUAUUGUGACAUUUCAAAAAGAGGGUGAAGCAGAAUAUAAAAAUUGUGAAUUAAAUAAAAAUCAACGUAAAUGUAUAGAAUAUGCCUUAAAAGCUAGACCACGUCGACGUUACAUUCCUAAAGGGCAUUUACAGUUUAAGAUUUGGUCUGUAGUUGUAUCAAAAAGGUUUGAAAUAUUAAUCUUCAUAUUCAUAUUUAUAAACACUGUGGCAUUGAUGUUGAAAUAUGAUAAACAAGGUAAACUUGAAGCAAGAAUAUUAGAUUCAUUCAAUUAUUUUUUUACUGCUGUAUUUACAGUAGAAUUUAUACUUCGUUUAUCAGCAUUCAGUUUUCGGCAUUAUUUUAGUGAUAUUUGGAAUGUGAUCGAUUUUGUCCUGGUCCUUGGUAGUUAUAUAGAUAUCAUUGUGACACAGUCUGAUAUAAGUCAGGUCAAAUUCAGUGUAAAUUUUUUCCGUCUAUUUCGUGUUAUGAGAUUGAUUAAAUUGUUAAGCAAAGAAGAAUCUAUACGUCAAUUAUUGUGGACAUUUAUCAAAUCUAUACAAGCCCUACCAUACGUUGCAUUAUUAAUUGCAAUGAUAUUUUUUAUUUAUGCCGUAAUUGGUAUGCAACUAUUUGGACAAAUUUCCAUUGAAGAAAACCCAUUAGAAGAAGAGGAAUGGCCUACUUUACACAGAAAUAAUAAUUUUCAAAAUUUUUUCUAUGCUCUUUUAGUAUUAUUUCGAUGUGCAACUGGUGAAUCAUGGCAGGAUAUAAUGAUGGCAUGUAGAGAAGGUCAAAAGUGUUCAAAAGAUUCUGAUGAAACAGAAGUCAAUGGAUGUGGAUCAAAAUUAGCCUAUGCCUACUUUAUUAGUUUUCAUGCAAUCAGUGCAUUUUUAGUUAUCAAUCUGUUUGUAGCUGUUAUAAUGGAUAACUUUGACUAUCUUACACGUGAUUGGUCAAUUCUCGGACCACAUCAUCUGGAUGAAUUUAUAACAAAAUGGGCAGAUUAUGAUCCAGAAGCGAAAGGAAGGGUUCGACAUCUAGAUGUUGUUACUAUGCUUGGAAAAAUAAGUCCACCACUUGGUUUUGGCAGCAUGUGCCCACAUACCAGAGCAUGUCAUAAACUGGUCAGAAUGAAUAUGCCUCUGAAUAGUGAUGGAACUGUAUUUUUCAACGCUACUCUUUUUGCUUUAGUGCGUAGAAAUCUCAAAAUUAAAAUUCCUGGAGCUGAAAUUGGCGAAAAAGAAAAAUCGUUAGAUCAGUUGAAUGAAGAAUUACGUAUAGUGAUUAAACGUAUCUGGAAACGUACUAGUCCGAAAUUAUUAGAUCAAAUCAUACCACCGAAAGGUAGUGAUGUUGUCACAGUAGGCAAAUUCUAUGCCACAUUUCUCAUUCAAAAUUGGUUUCGUGAAUGGCAGAAACGUAAAAUGAUACAAAAAGAUACACGAUAUAUUCCACAAAUAAUGGCCGGUGACCGUGCAAUGCCACAUCAACCUACAAUAAUUGGAUUUCCCAGGCGUUGUUCUUCAGAUCUUACUGGUGAUGAGAUUCAGCGCAGACGUGGAGUGGAUAAGCGUGAUACAUCAGGUGGAAUUUUUGGCCGAACUUUAAGUGAAUGGACUAGACGUAGAAGUAGUAAACGUCCGUCGGGUCGUCGAGACAUUAAUACUCAGCAAGUUAACGGAAUGUAUGAUAUUGCAGGAAAUAAUUUAAAGAAUGGGAUGGGAAUAUGGAAUGACAUGUUUUUAAAUGCACAAGCAGGUAAAACUGCUCACCCGGCUGUUGUUGCACUUAUGGAAAAAGAGAGAAAAGAUGCUGAAGCUAGAAAUAUGGCAAACAUAAAUCAUGUGAUCGAUGUACAUAAUGAUUCUUCAAAAGCAAAUUAUGAUCCAGAAUCUGGCAAACUGAUUAAUUUGGCCGGUAAUAUGUUAGGAUUUUUAAACUCAGGAAAUUAUCGUUCAUCUGAUUCAACUCAACAUAAAGAUAUGACAACAAGUAAUACGCCAUCAGUUGAAGAUUUGAAUACAGCUCGUAAAAUAUUUGUAGCUGCUAGACGUGAAUCCCUUUUAUCAAAUAAAAAAGAAACAUAUUUCUAG